AUGUUAUUUAUCUAUCUCGGUCAGUUCAUAUCUAUCUAUCUAUCUCGGUCUCUUUAUAUCUAUCUAUCUAUCUAUCUAUCUAUCUAUCUUAUUUAUUACCUAUCUAUCUAUCUGAGCCUAUUCAUUAUCUAUCUAUCUAUCUAUUUUUUCUUUGUGAUACAUGUUUGUUUAUCACUAGUUCAUAUCUAUCUAUCUAUCUAUCUAUCUAUCUAUCUAUCUAUCUAUCUAUCUAUCAGUCUGUUCAUAUCUAUCUAUCUCGGUCUGUUCAUAUCUAUCUAUCUAUCUAUCUAUCUAUCUAUCUAUCUAUCUAUGUAUCUGUCUAUCACGGUCUGUCUGUCUAUCUAUCUAUCCAUCUAUCUCAGUCUAUCUAUCUAUCUAUCUAUCUAUCUCGUUCAUACCUAUCUAUCUAUCUAUCUAUUUCGGUAUAUCUACCUAUCUACCUCGGUAUAUCUAUCUAUCUAUCUAUCUAUCUAUCUAUCUAUCUAUCAGUCUGUUCAUAUCUAUCUAUCUCGGCCUGUUCAUAUCUAUCUAGCUAUCUUUUUUUCUUAUUAUAUUUAUCUCGGUUCCUGUGAUACAUGUUUGUUUACACUAGUUCAUAUCUAUCUAUCUAUCUAUCUAUCUAUCUAUCUCGGUAUAUCUAUCUAUCUAUCUAUCUAUCUAUCUAUCUCGGUGAGUCCAUAUCUAUCUAUCUCGUUCAUAUCUAUCUAUCUAUCUAUCUAUCUAUCUAUCUAUCUAUCUAUCAGUCUGUUCAUAUCUAUCUAUCUCGGUCUGUUCAUAUCUAUCUAUCUAUCUAUCUAUCUAUCUAUCUCGGUAUAUCUAUCUAUCUAUCUAUCUCGGUAUGUCUAUCUAUCUAUUCUAUUCUAUCUAUCUAUCUAUCUAUCUGUUCAUAUCUAUCUAUCUAUCUAUCUAUCUCGGUCUGUUCUUAUCUUUAUUACCUAUCUAUCUAUCUAUCUAUCUUAUUUAUUACCUAUCUAUCUAUCUGAGACUAUUCAUUAUCUAUCUAUCUAUCUAUCUAUCUAUCUAUCUAUCUAUCUAUCUAUCUAUCUUUUUCUUAUUUUAUUUAUCUCGAUGCCUGUGAUACAUGUUUGUUUAUCACUAUAA